AUGCCAGCACUCUCAGACGACCUGGUUGCCGCCAUCAAGAAGUCUGUCUCCGACGGCUUCGAUGAACAACUGGCUUACACGCAGAAACUGAUUCGCUUCGGAGGACAGCGUGGAGAGGAGACCGAGGUCCAGAGCUUCGUCUUUGAGCAGUUCGCGAACCGGGGCUAUGACCCGGUCAAAAUUGACAUGGAUGAGCAAGCGCUCUCAAAGCAUGUCGGCGCCGGCAGGUUCAGUGCGACGCAUUCGCGUGCCCCAGUGGUCGUCGGCACGCACAAGCCAAAAGAGCAACACGCCGAGGGAAAGAGUCUCAUUUUGAACGGGCAUAUUGACGUCGUGCCUCUGGGUCCGGUUGAUAUGUGGAAAGACGAUCCGUACAGCGCCCGUAUCGAAGGAGAUAAGCUCUACGGCAGAGGGUCGGGUGACAUGAGGAGUGGUCACGCCGCGAAUCUGUGGGCUCUGGAUGCAUUGAAGCGUAUUGGCUUCCAGCCAGCGUCAGAGGUCAUUCUGCAGUCUGUUGUCGAGGAAGAGUCAACUGGCAAUGGCACGCUAAUGACACACUUGAAGGGGUACAAGGCAGACGCUGUCCUUAUCCCCGAGCCAAUGCAGGAACAGCUUGUUCGAGCAAACGUGGGUGUCCUGUGGUUUCAGAUCGAAGUCCGCGGCAGGCCAGUACAUGUCAGAGCUAUGGGGACCGGAGUCAACGCUGUCGACGCGUGUUGGAAAGUAGUAGGCGCCCUGAGAGAACUUGAGGCUGAGUGGAACAACCGCCAUGUCAGCACACGAUAUUUUGAAAACGAGCAACACCCCUUAAACUUGAACGUGGCAAUUGUGAAUGCCGGCGACUGGGCAAGCUCUGUCCCAGCCUGGUGCCGUAUAGAUUGUCGGAUAGCAAUCGUCCCUGGUGUCACAGCCAAGUCCGCUGCUGAGGAGAUUGAGAAGAAGGUGGCAGAGUUCUCUCGCAACGAUCCCUAUCUCAGUGAAAACCCCCCGAAAGUGAUAUGGAACGGAUUCUACUCGGAAGGAUAUGUCCUUGAGCCAGGGAGCGAGGCAGAGAAUGUGCUGCGCCAGGCCCACAAACAAGCAACGGGCCAGGAGUUAACAGACCAGACGUCUACCGCCUACCUUGACGCGCGUGUUCACAGCCUGUAUGACAAAAUUCCUGCGUUAGUGUAUGGCCCUAUCAGUGGGGAUAUCCAUGGCUUUGACGAAUGGGUGAGCAUCGAGAGUGUAAAGAGAGUGACCACUGCAAUGGCACUGUUCAUCGCGGAAUGGUGUGGGCUAGAGAAGAUAUAG